AAGUUUAGUUCUACUCAAAUAAAUAUUAAUAAAAAAAGGAAUUAAUAAUACAUUUCAUUUUUUUUAUUUAUUUUUUUUAUUAAUAAUGACGAUUCAUGGCUGCUAUGGCCUUUGGAUGAUGUAACGGAGCAUACACAGUUAAAAAAAAAUGAUUGCAAUAUAGUUAAAAAUGAUUCACAAUUACGAUUAACGAUUUACAAUUAAUAAAUUUUUUUUUUAUGUAUAAAUUAAAUUGGAUACAACGAGAUAACAGAGGGUAAAUAAAUAAAUAAGAGAGAUUUUGUGAAUGUAAGUUACACUAGUUGAUGAGAUAAGUUGUCGAUAGAAAUUGAAAGAGCUUGAUGAUGUUGCUGAUUUGAGUUUAGUAUUUCCGCUAGGUGGUCGAAUAUUUGAAAUACUCGUUUCUCCGUGCUGUAUAUUCUACAUUGGGUAGUUUUUGCACGCUGUUGCCACGAUGCAAACGAGCACGAACACAACGACCAUAACCCAAGCCGACGAGUUGCACAGGAAAACUAAUCUGUUGCAAGAGGUCCGCAAAGAAGAUAAGAGAACUGAUGAUGGCGGUCUCGGGGAAUUGUUCCGUUGGCAGGUUACCGGACAAGAAAUCAUAUGGACGCACGUGAUAGUUAUUGUUCUGCUACACGUCUUCGCCGUCAACAGUUUUAUGUCCUACAUGAUCACCACGACGAAAUUUCAAACCACCAUUUGGGGUUUCAUAGUUGGAGGCAUCGGCGGAUUUGGAGUUACUGGUGGUGCACAUAGAUAUUAUACACAUAGAUCGUUCAAAGCGAAAUUUCCACUACAACUAAUAUUAAUUGCGUGUUAUACAGUAUCAGGACAGAACUCCAUACCGACGUGGGUCCGAGACCAUCGGGUGCACCACAAGUUCAGCGAGACGGACGCGGACCCGCACAACGCGAACAGAGGGUUCUUCUUCUCGCACGUCGGCUGGCUGAUGCAACGCAAACACCCCGAGGUCCACAGGCGGGGCAGGACCGUCAACAUGUCAGACAUUGCCAACGAUCCUCUGGUGCAGUUCCAUACAAAACACUUCUUGUCGUUCAAGUUGCUGUUGUGUUUCAUCCUGCCGACGAUAAUCCCGGUGAUGGCGUGGAACGAAAGCUGGGCGGAUGCGUUCAAUGUGAUCUGUAUCUUCCGGUACGCGUUGAGCUUGAACUUCACGUGGUCCGUCAACAGCGUAGCUCACAUAUGGGGAAACAAGCCGUACGACAAGCACAUACGUCCGGUGCAGAACGCGGCCGUGUCCGUGCUGGCCAUGGGCGAGGGAUGGCACAACUAUCACCACGCGUUCCCGUCGGACUACAGGGCUGCCGAGCUGGGCACGUACGCGCUGAAUGUGACCACCAUGUGGCUGGACGCGUUCGCCCUGCUGGGUUGGGCAUACGACCUGAAGACGCCGUCGGAGGAGCUGGUGCGACGCGUGGCCGAUAACCACGGGGACGGCACUCGAUCCUGCGGUCUACUAGAAAACGAUCGUCACGCGAAAAACUCGCUCUCGUGUUAA